CCGGUGUUCAUCAUUGGAGUAAGAAAAUAAAAGAUAGGAAAUUUCCUCUCACCCGGAAGAAGACCGGUGAGGUCGUCAUGGGGGGCAAAGUCAGUAGCAAAAUGGCAGCCGUAGGACGUGUUGUACAGGUACGCUUGUCGAACUGGUCCAUUUACCGUACUGCAUCCACACUUGGCACUCAAACGGUGCGACCCCAUGCACCACUUAUCAAAUUCCCCAACAGAAAUGGAAUCCCCAAACCAAAUGUCCCAGAAGCACUGAAGACGCUAGUAGCUAGCCCUCCACAGAGCUCUGCCAGUCCGUCCGUCCCAGCAGCAGCACCCCCACCUUUAUCAAGACCUCUUGGACCCAUCACCCGACUCCCCGGCACCCCAGACAGCCUGGCCACAGUCCAGGAACUCCCCCAGAGGUACCGCAGGAGGCAGCUUACACUCGAGGAGAUGAACUACAUCCAGCGUGGUGGACCAGAGUGACACUCGGUGACUGAGCACAACCAAAGUCCUUAUCGGUGGAAGCCAGUGUCUAUUUUUGCCUAAGUUUGUUCCUCAACACAAGAGGAUCUGUUGCCACAGCUCACCAUACGUUCUGCAGAAUAAAUAUAUUAUAUAAUUCAUGUUGAAAAUGUACAUACAAAGUUUUAUUUUUAAAAUAUGUUAAUGAAGAGAUGCUUGACUAUUACUUGAUUUGCAAAAGAGAUCUUAAUUUCAUUACAUGCUGGAAAAAAACGUCAUGGCAACCGUUAUUUAUGUGAUCGGCAAACUCAAUACACUACUCAAUCUUCUGCCACUUCUCAGCACAAGAGUUUUUGGGAACAUUUUGGCAUGGUGUUCACCCAUCACAGAUCUACAAUCUUUGUCCACAACUUAAGCUGCUUUUUUGCUGUGUUGUAUUUUUUUCCUGCUUGACAUUUGGUGACAUCACAUCCAGAUACUAGGACAAGAGUGUUAAAUCACUGACUGUACAAACUGAGGACCGUUCUGUCCUGGCUCCAUAGACACAAUCAUUGGAGAACUCUGGCUUUUGGAGCACGGUGCUUACCCAGAAUGCUUGUCUCUUGGAUUCAAAUCAAGUCGGACAUAGAGUCAAAGUGGUGGAUUGAGUUUGUGUGAUGUGCUGGUUAUGAAUUAUUAAAAAAAUACUAUAUUACCGACA